CUUUGGGGGGACCAACCUGCCCCUCCAGGAGGUCCCCAGCACCCCCCCUCUGUUCUCCUCAUGGGUUGGCUCUGACCCAGCCUCCUUUCCGGGAGUCUGCCUCUGGAGCUGAACGGGCUUGCCCUUAAAAACCCUGGUUUUCUCAUUCUCAGCUGCGUUCUAGAUCACCUGCCAGUACUGAUCCCCGCCCUCCACAUUGUCUCGAGUUAGCUUUGUCCUGCUUCCAUCGAGGAACCACGACGGACAUACAUUUGGCAGAAGGGGGAAAUGGCAGGCCGCGGGGGACGGGGGCUCGGGGACAAGUUCUCACCCGAGAAGGGAGAGGUUCCCAAAGUCCUGGCAUCCGUCUCCACUGGCGGGGUCGGGGGGUGGUCUCUGAGCCCCGUGGACGAGGGACCAGGGGCUGCAGGCCACUCUUGGCAGCUGUGGACAGUAGAGAGGGGCGCACGGCCCUGCAGUCCUUACCCGGCCACAGUGCGCUGCCCUGCUCUGAGACUCCGCGCCCGCGGCCGUGGGCAGAAACACUGGGAAACCAGACUGAGAGGCUGAGCCUGCAGGGCUGCUGAACUGAACUGGCGCUGGCUGGAUUUGCAGUCGCCACAGCUCAAGGAAGGCAUUCAUUGGAAAAGCCUGGAAGCCGUGGCCUGAAGGUCAGUGUGUGGGCACCAGGAGGCCUGGGAAGCCCCCGCUGGAGGGGAUGUUGGUGGAACCAGACUCCGAGGACCCUCAGCCAAGAAGUUGCCCUCCAGGCAAUGAGCUGACCUUGACCGGCUCAGCACCCUUGGGGAGCACCACGUAGAUCCAGACCUGCUUGGGGCCCUGGGUUGAAGCAGCCGCUGGCAGCUCCACUGAAUGCCCUCCCCUGGGGGGCAGAGAGGGCUUUGCCCCUGCCCCCUCCCACCGCACCCCGCUGGCUGCAACCCGGCUGGGUCCUGGAGCCGCCCUGUCUUCAUCUGUGAAAUGGGAGUUGUGGCCCCAUCACACCGGGAGUUCCUCUUCCAGAUGCUGAACUUCCUGAUCUAUGUCGUCAGCUCCGUCUUCUGCGGACACCUGGGCAAGGUGGAGCUGGCAGCAGUGACCCUCUCGGUGGCCUUUGUCAAUGUCUGUGGUGUGUCCAUUGGAUUCGGCCUGUCCUCGGCCUGUGACACCUUGAUGUCCCAGAGCUUCGGCAGCCCCAACAAGAAGCACGUGGGGGUCAUCCUGCAGCGGGGCGCCCUGGUCCUGCUGCUCUGCUGCCUCCCCUGCUGGGCACUCUUCCUCAACACCGAGCACAUCCUGCUGCUCUUCAGGCAGGACCCGGCCGUGUCCAGGCUGGCCCAGGACUACGUGCAGAUUUUCAUCCCUGCACUCCCGGCGAAUUUUCUUUACUGCCUGCUGGCAAAAUAUUUACAAAACCAGGGUGUCGUCUGGCCCCAAGUUCUCAGUGGCAUCGUGGGCAACUGCGUGAACGGCCUGGCCAACUACAUCCUGGUGUCCACGCUGGGCCAGGGGGUCAGGGGCUCGGCCUACGCCAACACCAUCUCCCAGUUGAUGCAGACACUUUUCCUCCUGCUCUACAUUGUGCUGAGGAAGCUGCACGUGGACACGUGGGGAGGCUGGUCCUGCCAGUGCCUGCAGGACUGGGGCCCCUUCUUCUCGCUGGCCGUCCCCAGCAUGCUCAUGACCUGCAUCGAGUGGUGGGCCUACGAGAUCGGGAGCUUCCUCAUGGGGCUGCUCAGCGUGCUGGACCUCUCUGCCCAGGCCAUCAUCUACGAGGUGGCCACUGUCACCUACAUGAUUCCCAUGGGACUCAGCAUCGCGGUCUGUGUCCGCGUGGGGACGGCUCUGGGAGCUGCAGACACGGUGCAGGCCAAGCGAUCGGCCGUCUCAGGCAUGCUCUGCACGGUUGGUGCCGCGAUGGUCGUGGGCGCCCUGCUGAGCAUCCUGAGGAAUAAACUGGGCCACAUCUUCACCCAUGACGAGGAAGUGGUCGCCCUGGUCAACAAGGCCCUGCCGCUUUAUAUCGUCUUCCACCUGUUUGAGGCCACCUGCGUGAGUCCCACUGUCACACACACUUGCUCCCCGCCAGGACCCCUCCCUGAGGCAGUGCAGGGACACACGGAAGGGGCCACCACGGGGAUGUGUCUACGGCGGGGUCCUCCGAGGAACCGGCAGGCAGGCUUUCGGGGCCAUUGUCAACGCCAUCAUGUACUACGCCGUCGGCCUCCCGCUGGGCAUCGUGCUGACCUUUGUGGUCAGGAUGGGCAUUCUGGGCCUCUGGCUGGGCAUGCUGGCCUGCGCCCUGCUGGCCGCUGUCGCCUUUGUCACCUACACGGCGCGGAUGGACUGGAAGCAGGCUGCAGAGGAGGCUCAGAAAAACGUGGGGCUGCCGCCGAGGAGCACCGAGAGCACGGCCCCCAGGCCCGGGCCCGAGAAAGUGGUCACGUCUUCAGUGGCCACAGGCAGCCCUCCUGGCGUGACCCUGACGACAUACUCCAGGCCCGAGUGCCACCUGGCCCUCUCGGGGACUCCAGAGGCAGCGCAGGCUCUGCCGGCUCCUUCCAGCAGACUGUCAGCCACGCAGCUGGCCCUGCGCCGCGGGGCUGCCCUGGGGGUGGCGGUAGCCACGCUGCUGGCCGGGCUGCUCAUCAGGGUCCUGAUAGCCAGGCCCUAGCCCGACAGCUGGACACAGGAAGGAGGCGAGGGCAGGCGCCCACCCAUCAGAGCACCGAUGGGACCCGGGAGCGGGGGGCGCCUGGGGCCACCCCCAAAACCAGGCCUCCCUGCAGGGACGCCUCUGGGACAGGGACUCGGCUUCGCGGCAGAUCGCCUGGUCCUCUGACUCGGACUGCUCUUCAGACGACACCAGCCAGUUGAGCGAUGGCCCUCGGGUGUCGCUACUGUUACUCAGUAAUGUAAAUGGUUUCAGACGGGAGAUUUCGAAUCAAAAUUGCAAACGUGGCUGUAACAUUAAAAAGUACGUGUUUCUAGGCA